AUGGGCUUCAUCGAACCGGGCGAUGAAGUCAUCAUAUUUGAACCCUUCUUCGACCAGUAUCUCAGUAACAUUGAGAUGCCUGGCGGGACGAUCAGAUAUGUCCCUAUGCACCCACCCGCAGACGGUGCGGAGCGAACAUCCUCCGCAGCGAACUGGACCAUCGACUUUGACGAGCUGGAAAAGGCUUUCAACUCCAAGACGAAGAUGAUUGUGUUGAACUCACCUCACAACCCGGUCGGAAAAGUGUUGAACAAGGAAGAGCUGACAAAGAUCGGCGACCUCUGCUUGAAACAUAAAGUCAUCAUCUUGUCAGACGAGGUGUAUGACCGUUUAUACUACGUUCCCUUUACACGAAUAGCCACGCUAUCCCCUGAACUCGCCAAAAUAACGAUCACCGUGGGAUCGGCGGGGAAGAAUUUCUAUGCAACGGGCUGGCGCGUAGGUUACCUGAUAGGCCCGCCGGAGCUGAUCAAAUACGUGGCCGCUGCACAUACGAGAAUCUGCUACUCAAGUGUCUCACCUUUGCAAGAAGCGGCGGCAAUUGGAUUCGAGCAGGCGGACAAAGUGGGCUUCUGGGACCAACAGAUCAAAGAGAUGAAGGGCAAAAUGGAUCGCUUCUGCCAAAUCUUUGAUGAACUGGACGUUCCUUACUCGGUGCCUGAAGGUGGCUAUUUCGUGCUUGCGAACCUGUCAAAGGUCAAACUUCCUGAAGCUUACAAAUUCCCGGAUCACGUCAAAGACCGGCCACGGGAUUUCAAGAUGUCGUGGUUUUUGAUCAUGGAGUUGGGGGUUGCCGCGAUUCCGCCGAGUGAGUUCUAUACAGACGAGAGGGCACAUUUGGCGGAGGACUGGAUGAGAUUUGCCGUCUGUAAGAACGAUGAUGUCCUGGAAGACGCAAAGGACCGUUUGAGAGGUUUGAAGAAGUAUAUGAGCUGA